AUGAGACAACGACUGCAACGCGCCACCCUCGAAACAUGGAUCUGGUGCUUCCUACUCGCCACCAUAAUCAUCAUUACCGCCGCACUAGCAGCCAACUGGGAGGAUCUCAUGCCUUCCAACGACAAUCCUGCGACUUCGGUUACAACCUCGACCUUGACCUUGACCUCGACGGCUAUACGUAGGGAAGUGGUUAACGAGUACCCUACAACUGAGGAGUUGGCCGACAAUGCAAAAUGUACGGGAUGCAAAGACAAAAUCCGUGCGUGUAUACAGGUAUGUCACCACUCUUCAAGCGUUCAGUGGCUGAAGGAGCGGGUAUUUGACUAA